AUGACUACCAAGAUGCCCAUGAUGGAUUGCACGAGUGAGCAGACGGUGGAUGCCUGUCUGAUGAAGGCCAACGAGAUGUUCGGCAACCUUGGCCCUUCAACUCGCCAAGCCUUGCGGUAUAUCUCUGCGCACUGCCCUAAGGCCGACCUGAAGGCGGACUCCGGCCGUUCGAGACGGGAAAGAGAAAGGUCGUGCACCACGUCCCUCGUUGUCGUGCAGCCGAGAGUGCCGACGCUGCUAGGCGUGGAUGUGCUAGUGAAGACUGGCUUAUUAGAGGUGGAUGAGGCAGGCAUGAGACUGACCAUACCAGCGCUGUACACCGAAGUCGAACCGCCCAAGCAGGCACGCAAGGACGUCGUAUCCGGUGUUGACGAGACUAAGUCCGACGAAGAACUGCUGCGCGGCGCGAGACAAGAGGUACAGACGCAGGCACAACAUCUCAGCGACGACGACUUCGAGCAACUCUGGUCAGUCCUCCAAACCUAA